GCGGGUGAGCAGUAAGAUGGCGGACGCUAUGGCUGAGUAUGAGAGAGAUGCUGGAUGUGUUCCUGUUCUUCACCCGGAGGAGCUGAAGCCUCAGAGUCAUUAUAAUCACGGUUACAGUGAGAGCGUCAGCCGCAAGAACCACGUGGACGACUACAGCACCUGGGACAUCGUUAAAGCCACACAGUACGGUAUAUUCGAGCGGUGUCGUGAGCUGGUAGAAGCAGGGUACGAUGUCCGUCAGCCUGAUAAGGAGAACGUCACGCUCUUACACUGGGCUGCAAUCAACAACCGCAUCGACCUGGUCAAGUACUACAUAUCCAAGGGGGCGAUUGUGGACCAGCUGGGAGGAGAUCUAAACUCCACACCGCUACACUGGGCGACCAGGCAGGGUCAUCUCUCUAUGGUGGUACAGCUAAUGAAACUGGGGGCGGAUCCAUCUCUGAUUGAUGGCGAGGGCUGCACCUGUGUCCACCUGGCAGCUCAGUUUGGCCACACCUCCAUUGUUGCUUAUCUCAUUGCUAAAGGACAGGAUGUCGAUAUGAUGGAUCAGAACGGAAUGACUCCCCUGAUGUGGGCGGCGUAUCGCACACACAGUGUGGACCCGACGCGUUUGUUGUUGACGUUUAAUGUUUCUGUGAAUCUGGGUGAUAAGUACCAUAAGAACACUGCGCUGCACUGGGCCGUUCUCGCAGGAAACACUACUGUAAUCAGCCUGCUUUUGGAAGCUAACGCUAACGUCGACGCGCAGAACAUAAAGGGAGAAACAGCGCUGGACUUGGCCAAGCAAAGGAAGAAUGUGUGGAUGAUAAAUCACCUACAGGAGGCGAGACAGGCAAAGGGCUACGACGCUCCCUCGUACCUCAAACGCCUGAAAAUGGACAAGGAAUUUCGUCAGAAGCUGAUGCUGUUCACGCCAUUCGUGGUGAUAUGGUUGGUGGGGUUUAUCGCUGAUCUCGAUGUCGACUCGUGGCUCAUUAAGGGACUGAUGUAUGCCGCAGUUUGGAUCAUCGUGCAGUUUCUGUCCAAGUCUUUUUUUGAUCACUCCAUGCACAGUACUCUUCCUCUAGGUAUUUAUUUGGCCACAAAGUUCUGGAUGUAUAUCACUUGGUUCUACUGGUUCUGGAAUGAUCUUCCCUUCAUCUCCAUCCACCUGCCCUUCCUGCUCAACAGUCUCGCACUCUUCUACAACUUUGGCAAAUCCUGGAAAUCUGAUCCAGGCAUUAUUAAAGCCACAGAGGAGCAGAAGAAGAAGACUAUAGUGGAACUGGCUGAAACGGGCAGCCUGGAUCUCAGUAUAUUCUGCAGCACAUGCUUAAUACGGAAGCCCAUCAGGUCCAAACACUGUGCAGUGUGUAACCGCUGCAUUGCUAAGUUUGAUCACCAUUGCCCCUGGGUGGGGAACUGUGUGGGAAGUGGAAAUCACCGCUACUUUAUGGGCUACCUUUUCUUCCUGCUGUGUAUGAUCUGCUGGAUGAUAUAUGGCUGCAUCGCCUACUGGAGGCUGCACUGCUCCAGCAGCUACAGCACAGAUGGAUUGUGGGUAUUUAUCACUCAGAUCUCCUCCUGUUCUCCCUGGAUGUUCUGGAUGUUCCUCAACAGUGUGUUCCACUUCAUGUGGGUCUCUGUACUCAUCAUGUGUCAGCUUUAUCAGAUUGCUGGUCUGGGGAUCACCACUAAUGAGCGUAUGAAUGCGAGACGCUACAAACACUUUAAAGUCACCGCGACGUCCAUCGAGAGUCCUUUUAAUCAUGGCUGUGUUAGGAACCUGAUUGAUUUCUUCGAGCUGCGCUGCUGUGGGCUGCUGAGGCCGACACUCGUGGACUGGACCACCCAGUACACCAUCGAGUAUGACCAGACAUCCGGCUCGGGCUACCAGCUCGUCUAACACACCCCCACACACACACACACGUACAUACAAUGUGAAGGUGAAGGAGGAAGGGAUGAGCCUCAGUUUUUUUGGACGGAAGCUAAACCUUGCUUCAUCAAGAGACCACACGCACACACACACAGAAUACUUCAGUUUGAUUGGUAGGUUCAUAUUUGAUUUCUGUUUAACGUCAUCAUGUCACUGACUUUUUGUGUGUGUGAGAUGAUCAUUCUCUUAGCCCCGCCUCUACUGAUUGACUUGCCACUGUUACAGCCCAGUGAUUGGCUGUAACAGUAAAGCGGUGGUGUGGGGAGGAGGGCUGAGAGAGUCAUGUGAUCAUCAGUGGGAUUGUGUGUGUGUGUGUUGAGCAACGCAACGAGUUUUUAUUCAUAAUGUGACAUAUUUAUUUUAAACUUAUUUAAUAUAAUUGAAGUGUUGAAUGUUUCAUUUUGUCCAUUUUAAAAGUGUGUAUGAUUGUGUGUGUGUGUGUGUGUGUGUGUGGUGAUUUCAAACUUAUUGUUAAAGAUUUGUUUUAAAUUCAGUCAUUAUGAGGAACAGCGAUGAGGCUUCACCCACUCUUUCAUGCACUGAGAUUUGCCCAUCGUUAUCUGGUGACCUUCAGCUGGGGCCGUUGCCUAGGCAACACUCCUCCAUUUCCUGUUUGAUCUUGGACUCUGAUGUACAAAUAUGUAAAUACGGCUAAAUUUCUGUCUGUGAGAUACAUUUUUGUUAUUGUCAGUGUUAAAGCUGCUCCUCCAGUUACUUUUAUUUUUUACUUUAAACUGAAAAAGCCUGUAAUAUACGCUUUGUGCGUACGUGUGUGUGUGUGUGUGUGUGUGUGUGUGAGUGAGAGAGGGGGAGAGAUAAAGCAUCUCGCUGCAUGAGCGACGCUCACACUAAACUGUACAGUGAAUGUUCAGUAUUUACAUGCGUCCUUUAUGAUUUUUUUUACAGUUCAGACAGAGUGUGUAUGUUUGAGUGUGUGUGUGUGAGAAAGAGUGUAUGUCUGUCUGCACAUUAGCCUUGUGCAUUCGUGAUGUAUUUAAAUGUUUCAUAUUAAUAAUCAGAUUUUAUUUUAUUUUUUUUGGCUGGACCUUUUUUCCCCACUGGAUGUAAAAAAAAUUAGAACAAAAUAUCAAUUACUGUAGAGUGCGAGCGCGUGCGUGCGUGUGUGUGUGUGCGUGUAAAGGGAUUGUUACAAUAAUGAAUAUAAUGUCUCCCUGAUAUUUCCUUUGUGUGUAAAAUCAUUUUCACCUCAAGCUUUAGCAUGACUUCAUUUUACUGGCUUUAAUAAAAAAAUGAAAAGAAAAAGAA